AUGGACGAGCAAGCCCGAAUCAUGCAAUCGCUUGGCGGUGUGACCCUAGCUGGCCACUCGGUGCAAGGGGGUAUGGCUUUACCGCCUCCGCACGGACAUGAAGGAACUGACGGGGAUGGAAGAAAACAAGACAUCGGGGACAUUCUUCAUCAAAUUAUGACCAUCACAGACCAAAGUCUGGAUGAGGCACAAGCAAAAAAGCAUGCACUGAACUGCCACAGAAUGAAACCGGCUCUCUUCAGCGUACUCUGUGAGAUAAAAGAGAAAACAGGUCUCAGCAUCCGGGGUGCCCAGGAAGACGACCCCCCUGACCCACAGCUGCUACGGCUAGACAACAUGUUACUGGCUGAGGGCGUGGCCGGGCCGGACAAAGGGGGCGGGUCAGCCGCGAUCGCCGCGGCGGCGGCAGCAGUUGGGGGAGGAGCCGAUAAUUCCAUAGAGCAUUCUGACUACAGAGCCAAACUCACACAAAUCAGACAGAUUUACCACACCGAACUGGAGAAAUACGAACAGGCGUGUAACGAGUUUACGACCCACGUGAUGAACCUGCUGCGGGAGCAGUCUCGCACGCGGCCCAUCUCGCCGAAAGAGAUCGAGCGGAUGGUGAACAUCAUCCACCGUAAAUUCAGCUCCAUUCAGAUGCAGCUGAAACAGAGCACCUGUGAGGCCGUGAUGAUCCUCCGUUCACGCUUCCUCGACGCCAGGAGGAAGAGACGGAAUUUCAGUAAACAAGCCACAGAGGUUCUGAAUGAGUAUUUUUACUCCCACCUCAGUAAUCCAUAUCCGAGUGAGGAGGCCAAAGAGGAGCUGGCUAAGAAAUGCAGCAUCACUGUCUCCCAGGGGAUGCGAACCCCCAUCACAGUCUCACAGGUGUCUAACUGGUUUGGUAACAAAAGAAUCCGUUAUAAGAAGAACAUUAGUAAGUUCCAGGAGGAGGCUAACCUGUAUGCAGCCAAGACGGCGGUGACCGCUGCCCAUGCGGCAGCUGCAGCGGUGCAGAGCAGCCAGGCCAACUCCCCGACCACGCCCAACUCUGGUUUCCAGAUGAAAGAUGAAGACUUUCAGCUGGACACAGCAGAAAGCAAAAACUCUCUUCUAAGCAGCAUGUUCACAGGCUCCUCUGGUUCCUUUAGUCUGCCAAACUCUGGAGACCUGUACAUAAACAUGCCCAGUCUGAAUGGUGGGUCGUAUGCCAGCUCUCAGCUCAGUGCCACGGGGCAAACACAGGGGGACACUUUACGACAUGCGGUGGGUCCGUCGGUUGGUUAUAAUGAUGGACUGCGUGGACAUCCUCUCUACAGUCCUCAUGCUCUGAAUGGUAACGGAGGCUGGCAUGACACGACCGCUCCUUCCUCCGUGACGUCUCCUGCCGAGGGAGCGGCCAGUGUCCACUCCGAUACCUCAAACUGA